UGACCCCUAAACAUAAAGGGAGCUCAUUGACAACAGGGUGAUAAAUAUGGCCUACACCGACGUGCAUCGGUCGUUUCUGCAAGCUUGCUGCAACCAUGGAACGCUGAGCAAGGAGCAGGCGUACGAAUUGCUCAUCGGAAUUCACGCACGCUAUGGCGACAGCGACACGGUACCAAAGGAAGAUGAGGUGGCCGAAGUGGUGGCCAAGAUCAACAGCCGCAUCUAUCGGUUCGAUCAGAAAAUUGCUUACACCCACUACGAUCCCACCGAACGGGACUUUUACGUGUUUGUGAAUCUGAUGGACUCCCCGAUAAACCGGCACCAGAAUGUUUACACCGCACCUGAGCUACAGUACUUUCGGGCUUUGCUACGCGAAAUCACCCUUACCGAUGAUCACCAGCUGCCCCUGAUUGCUUGUCUCAAUCUGACGAAUCAAUCAUCGGACGAAGGAACUAAGCCGCUCGCGAAGGCACGGGCCGAGCAGCUGCUGAGCGAGUGGGAACAAUCCGGGUACUUUCUGAUUCUGGAGAACCAGUGCUACUUUGGCCCGCGGACCAUUGUGGAAUUUGAGAACUAUCUCAACACCAAUUUUGCCGACGUUAUUACACGCUGCUGUCUUUGCAAUGUUACGAUCUUUUAUGGUCUACGCUGUGCCAAGUGUCCACAGAUUUUGCACCGAGAAUGCAUGAAAAAGUAUUUACGUCGUCUCACAAACUGUCCUUCCUGUAAGGAACUGUGGACAGUGAAGCUCUAAGGAAUGAGGGAGUCUGGAUUGCCAGAUGGGAUAUCAGUUUACAUGCGCCGCAUUUAUUUUCCAAACCCACCCAUUGAUCAACUAAAACUCGAUUAAAAAUAGGUUAA